ACUUGAGGCAGAGAAGAGUAGGAGAUCCUGGGGAUCAAGGGUUGCCUUUUCGAGUAGGCAAUGUUUCCCUCAUCCUUGUAGCCUGCCCUCCCUACCAACAAACAUCCGACUGCCUCGAUGCCAUCCCAGAGGCAGCAGGAGCACGUGGAUCAGACACGCGCCUACCUCCGAAUGUUCUGUGGCAGCCUAUGUGGUUUUAGCCUCCUGGUGCUAAUCUGCGUGUCCCCACUGAGCUGGGUGCAGUUCCUGGUGAUCAAGAAUGGCCUUGAGCUUCAAGCGGGACUCUGGACUUCAUGCAACCACGAGCUGUGCUGGAGCCAUGCACCCAAGCCACCAUAUUACCUCCAGUAUUCCAGGGCCUCCUUCCUCCUCUCUGUCCUCACCAUACUCAUCGCCCUUGCCUGGCUCUUUGGCUCUUGCCUCCCUGGAAGAGGAAGCGCGACUGCUCACUUGGAUCUGAAGGUCUCCAUGCUCAGCUUCAGCUCAGCCAUCUGCUUGCUCUUCUGCCUCGUCCUAUUUCUGGCACAAAUUCGCGGGCAUACGAGGGAUACCAUGGAUUCAGAUCUCCUGUGGACCUAUCAUCUUAACUGGUGGGGUGUCUUCUUAUACAUAUUUGCUGGGAUCAUCUCCUUCCUCAACUACAUAACUUCCAGAUCUCCUCCCCUUGAUCAAAAUGCCACUGUGAUUCCCACAGAGAAGUCAAGGCUGGGGAUUGGCCCAGUUCCUACAGCAUUGCCUGCUGAAGAUGAGGGUCAAAGUCUGAGACAGUCUCCUAACAUGGAAGAGAAAAACCUACCAAAUGCAGAAUUAUGAUGGGGAUAGGAAAUGCCAACUAUUGUCUGUCUUAAAAAUGGUGGAGGAGCUAACUGAGUUGAGAAUAUUGUGCGGGUUCUAGGAAACCCUUCUAACAUCAUGUUCAUAUUACUGAAG